AUGGAGAAAUCCCUGAUUUUUUCAGAGGUGGGCGAACUGGGUCAGAAAUUUAUUAACGUGUACGUCUUUCGGGACCAUACGGUACAAUACACCAUCAACAUUUAUGCCACGAUUGCGUGUGCUAUAAACUACAAAUACUUUCCCGUGGACUCCCAGCUCUGUCCGAUGUACUUGGAAAGCCUCACAUUUGACCAGGAACAAGUUCAGUUCGAGUGGUCCAAGAAAGAUGCUUUCACCAUCAACGGGGGUCUUGCUAUGCCCCAAUUUCUCCCUAGAGUACCGCCAGGAUAUAGUGUUGCCUCCGUCCCGAGAUACAAUCAGGCCAACAAUUUUUCGCAGUGCAUCGCCUACUUCCGCUUUGAUCGAUUAUUUGGAAAUCAUAUGAUACAAACAUUUGCCCCCUGUUCGCUCAUCGUGUGCCUCUCCUGGUUCUCAUUUUGGAUGGAAUUAAACGCCCUCUCGGCUCGAAUGUCGCUCCUCAUCACGGCCAUUUUGAUCUUAGUCACCCAAUUUUCUGGACUUCGCAUCGACCACCCGCCAGUGGACUAUAUCAAGGCUGUCGACAUCUUCAUGGCUGUUUGCAUGGUGUUUGUCUUUGCCGCCUUGUGUGAAUACGUCCUGGCCAAAGUCAUCAACCGCAUGAUCCUAGAUGCCAACUAUAAGUUUCAAGAAGAACAAAUGCAAGAAGUGGCGAGAUCAAAAGUCAUUAACGAAGCAACGAUUCAAAAUGCGGGGAAGGUGAGCUAA